AUGAUGUGCCUGAACAGUGAAUCCGCUUUCCAGUCCCCCAAGGAUACUUUGUCCUGGAAGGUUGGUGGCUUGGCCAUGCUCCCCGCGGCUCCCAUGUGCCCUCGACUGCCUCUUUCGCAAAUGAAGCACGAUGCCCUCGAUGCCAACCUGGACCACUUUCGCCUGCCAUUUCCGCUCUUGCCGAGUAGCGACAAGGAGGGCUCCGCCUCCACACCACUCCAGUUGGUCAUGUCAUCCUCUCGUAGUGAGCAUGUCUCCCAGGCACUGCAUCGCCUAUCCACCACUCCAGCUCGAAAGGAACCCUCCCAGGCUCCUCUUGAAAAGGCAGACAAAAGCAAGGACGAAACGGUAGCACUCGCAGAACGCAUGGCUCGUUUGAUGCCCGCCAAUGCAAAGGGCCGCAACCGAAGCAACCGACGAUUGGGCAAUGCCGGGCCAAAGUCGAAUAGAAGAGCAACAUCACCCGUUCCUUUGGUGCGAGGGGUACAACGCUCCAAUUCGGGUGCUGCUCUGUGUGCCUAA